AUGACUUCGGUUUUGAGGCUUCUCGUUGUGUACUGUAUUGCCUUUACUGGUUUUUCGAAAGCGGAUGCUGAAGACAUCCAAGAAAGCACGAGGAGAACUUCAAUUGAGGAUGAGUUAACUCCUAUCUUUCCUCAAGAAGAAACAUUAAACAGAGAACUUUUGGAGGAGAUCGAUUCCGAUUCCGAAAUACAAGAAGAAAUUUUUACAACACUUACUACGGAGAGUUUGGAGGAUAAACGAACAACAUCCGUAAGCCUCCAGGAAGAGAAGAAUACGGAUCUCCUUACAACGGCUAGUAGUAUAACGACCGAAUCUGCCCGUGACCGUGAAUUAACAACUUCUGAAAUGUUAACAGAACGAAUGGAGGACAUCGACCAAUCCACUGUACAGCAAAUGACCUCUUCAACAUCAAUAAAUGAUGAAUCAGAGGGUACUGUCAGUGCUGCCACAACGCUGAAUGACGAAAACGAAGGCGCUUCGUCAGUCCUCACAAUUGCUCUAGGAGAAUCAAGCACUUCCGCUCAGAUUGAAUUCUUAACUUCUCCGGCAGCAGCUGAACGAAUAGAGGAGGAAAAAAAUAUUGAAGAAAGCACUCCAAGACAAGAGACUUUAGCAACAUCCAGAACGGAAACGUUUGAGGAUAUUGCAACCACGAUGACGAUACCAAAUGUCGAAAACGUCGACAUUUCCACGACCAGAGGUGAAGCAACGGCAUCUGCUCGUAUCGAGUUAUCGACUUCUACAUUAUUGCCCGUAAGAAUAGAAGAACUAGAGGAAUCUACGGUGCAGCGAAUAACCUCUCCAGCACCAACAGAACUAAUUUCUGAGGAUAAGGAAAACGUAAUGACAACCAGGAAAGUCGAAAACGUAGAAAGUUCUUCACUAUUCACGACGAUUGCCAAUGAGAUGACUGGAUCAGUUCGAAGCGAAUUCUCUACUUCUACAAUGUUGCCUGAAGGGAAAGAGGAGGUCGAAGGGUCCCCGGUAAGGCAAACGACCUCCACAACAUUGACAACAAUGGUUUCAGAGGAAAAUAAAACAACAACGAUGCCGCUAACCAGUGAUGUGCCAGAAAACGAUACAGAUACGAGAUCUGAUAAUGAAACAAUCACCUUUUCCCCGGUCGAUCAAACUCCUCCCUCAUCCUCUACGAUCCAACAAAGGUCUUCUACAUUGUCAACAACAACAACAACAACAACAACAACAGCAGCAACAACAACAGCAACAACAACAACCCCAAAGCUCACUACUCCACUACCGGAAUCAACACCUAGCCAAGAAUACAUGUGUACUGAUCAAAUAAACCCAAAAACUGGACGAUCGGAUUGCCAAAAGUUCCGGAGACUGUGCAACAGAAAGAGUAUUGAGCACGUGAUGCGAACCACAUGUCCUGUUACGUGUGGCUAUUGCAAAGUAUGUUUUGAUGACGUGAACGUACGGAACGGACGCAGCUUAUGUACUCGACCGAGCAUUCGAAGAAUGUGCAGAAAUCGAAAUCCGCGGAUUCGUGGGGCGACACGAGUGAAAUGUCCAGUGACAUGUGGUGUUUGUACACCGGGAACAAUUCUCGCAUUACGUUGA